AUGGUCGAGUCAAUUGUCUGCUGUACCCUCACCAUGUACACCAGAGGUCUGACAGAACGUAAAUGCGUGACGUUAGCGUCCCGUCACCUAUUCCCCGUGCUGACAAUAAAAUGGCGGCCGGCGGAUGACUUCAUGGUGGUGGGCUGCAGUGAUGGAACUGUCUUCGUCUGGCAGAUGGAGACUGGACAUGUGGAUAGGGUGUUACAUGGUAUACUGGCUAAAAUGAAAGAGGGAGCUGAAACUAUGCAGACGAAGCUGCAGGCGAAGGCUGAGCAACUGAAAGGUCAUAUUGACAACAAAGGCGUGGUAGCCGAGACCGUGGGCAGCGUAGGGAGCGGCGAUGCCGUAGGGAGCAGCAAAACCGUAGGGAGCGGCGGCGAUGCCGUAGGGGGCGGCGAUGCCGUAGGGAGCGGCGUAACCGGCACGGGCGGCGACGAUACCAGCGUGGGCAGCGGCGACUCCGCUAGCGGCAGCAGCGUGGGACUGAGCGGCGGCUACGGCAUUCUGGUUGGCGGCGACGGAUCCCCAGUAAGCGUUCUCAUGGAGGUCUCGGUUGGCUUCAGCAACUUGACGUACUGCCUCGUUGUUAUACUGGACAGCGGCUUCGGCGGCACGUGCCUGGCUUUCGCCGACGGCACGGGCGUGGUCCUGGGCGGCCACUGUCGCGUCGAUGGCUGCAGCCUGAGCGUCACCAGCGUUCACCCCAUACACGUAGGGGCUGAUCACGCUGGCGGAGGCAUAGCCGAGGAUGGCGACGAAAGCGAUCUGUGGAAGAUGGUUUUUGUUGUAGAGUUGUGA